UUUGUGAAAAACGAUUUCACUGUAGCUGCGAUCUCUUGCUGUACAACAAUUUAUUUAAUUAUCUUCUACCAGCUACUCCCUAUUUACAGAGAUGGCUCGAUUUGCGAAUAUUUGGUGCAUGUCGCCCACCACAGAGAUACUGACAAUUGGCGCCCUUGGAUUUGUACACGCAGGAACACAAUGCUACUGGUACUUCGGUGAGGGGAAGACUGAUAGGAUACUAGGCGCCGUGGACACGAAGGGAUACUUCACGUCCUGGGAAGAGAAAAUCAUCCAAAGUGCCCUCCACGGCAUGGAGUUCAUGAAAAACGCUCUUACUCCCUUGCACCUGUUGUUCUACCUGCUGAUGUUCCACGCGUUAUUGUUUGUGAGUAUUAUACCUGAGAUAUUUACUAAAAAAACAAUAUAG